CCGCAAUCUAGUAUGUAAAGUAGCCUACUUACUCUCAUACUAACUAUGCGCAUGUUUGUAUGUCGUCUUGUGAACGAUUGGUUCAUCUUAUUCUGACGUAGGCUAGUGUUGAUGGUGCCUAAGUUUUGAUUCUGUUAUGAUGAUGACAGUGCACUGAUAGCGCGCUCAGCGUUUGAUGCAGUCUAACAUUGGAACGACAGACCGCAAGAGUUCAUCCCAGGAGGCAGGUGACGCGCUCAUGUGUUCAUUUAAGCUGAUGUACCAAAAAUGACUUCCUAUUUCGACGAACAUGACUGUGAACCGACCAUUCCCGAGGAGCAGUAUCGUCAGAAUGCUCUACUUGAAUUAGCCAGAUCCCUGAUGCAGGGUCUGGAUAUUGACUCAGGGACAUUUGACAUUGACACAUCUGACUGGGAACAGCGUCUCCCUCCCGCUGCCUCCAAAACUGUCGUGCAGAGCCUGCCCGUUGUGAUCAUCAGCCCUGAGCAAGCAGACAAAGGACUGAAGUGCCCCGUGUGUCUAUUGGAGUUUGAAGAGCAGGAGUCAGCGCGGGAAAUGCCCUGUAAACACCUGUUCCAUUCGGGCUGUAUCCUGCCUUGGCUUGGCAAGACCAACUCAUGCCCCCUGUGCCGUUUCGAGUUGCCCACUGACAACCCUGAUUAUGAGGAGUUCAAGAAAGACAAGGAGAGGAGACGACAGCGGGAACACAGACUAGAAGAUUUACAUGGGGCCAUGUACACAUAGCUCCAGCCAACAGGAGAGACUCUUUUGCACAUCCACUGCAGCAUUCACCUAAGACAGUAAACAUUUUACUAUAACAAUCAGGACAAGAAGGACCCGGGAACAUUCUUUUUAAAUUUGCUGUAUGUAAAUAUAAAUGAUCAUUAAUGUUUUUAUGCCGAUGUAUGACAGAUAUAAUAUGUGAUGCUGAUUUCAUGUCCAUGUGAUGAUAAUUAAAAGUAAGAAUGGCUGCUGACAUAU